AUGCCUGAACUCCGGAAUCAUGUCUACGAGCUUCUCUUUGAGAACCACAUCGUUGAUUGCGAAGCUUCUAGCUACGAGACACCUGGAAUUCUGUUGGCCUCCAAGCAAACUUUUGUAGAAGCGCAUGGGGCGUAAGGCACCUUAGCAACCUCAUUCCUAUACACACUGAAGCUGACUGUUCGAUGCGCAGAUACUAUAGACGAAGCACCUUCCACAGUACUGGCAGUGUCGCAGCGGAAAAGCGCCUAUCCGCUCUCAGUGCUGCCUACUUGCCCCUUGUGGAGAAUGUUCAUAUUGACACCUCCUCCAGAAUGGAAGGGCUGUACGGGAAAGGCCGAAGUAGUCGGGUUGGGGUCGAGGACGAGAUCCUGUUCGAUGUCGCUUAUCUCGCGGAAUGCGCGGUCGUGUGGGUUCGACAAGGACUCAAAGAAGAGGGUUGCGACCAGAUCGAUCCGAAUGCUAUCCAAGCAAGCAUCAAAACCAGAGCAAACGAUGUUGUCUUCACAGCCAAGCCUUUCGAAACCUUCAAGGACGCCUUCAUGCAGUCGUCAUGUAAGUUAUUAUCAUGAUAUUCAAAUUCACGAUGGCUGACAGUGAACAGUCGCAGCUAUGGGAGAUAGGCCCAUUCCGCUUGUACGUGCCACUCUACAAGCUCAGGCGCGUUACUUUGACUUCGACCAUGUCAACCCGCGGAAAUGCUGGCAUCGCUUAUGGGCUAUGGAUGCAGAACCGAACUUUGCGGGGAGGCCCAGCUACGAGUGUGGCUGUCCGAAGAAGGUGCCAGAUUCGAGUCCAUUGCUGCCAGCUGAUCUAUAUACUCAGCAAUAGGUGAAUGUGAUCGCGAUCUUAGCGUUCACCACUCAAUCUUCACGAUCCAAGCGCGGAUCCGCAAGUUGUAAAGAGACCAGAUCUGCCGCUCCAUCUUCUUCGAAACAUACCAGUGGUCGACCAACAUCAACAUCAGUCAGUUGGACAUCAUGGGUGGACUAGCGUCGAAGAUGUCCCCGAGCACUGCAAAGAUCAUCGACUCCCCCGAGCAACAGUCGCCACUUCUCGAGCUGCCCGCAGAGCUACGAAACCACGUCUGGUACAUGACAUUUGAAGAGAACACGGUCAAGCUCGACAGACCAAUAGACCCACCGGGCCUACUCCUUGCCAGCAAGCAGACAUACGCCGAAGCUCGCGGCGCCUACUAUCAACAGAGCCGCAUUCAAAGCAUCAGCGUCGACAAGAUCCGAGGUUAUCUCAAUCGCAUCGAUCCGAAGAUCCAUCCGCUCAUCUCGCGUGUCGAAGUCGACUAUGGCAUGGCCGAGGGCCUCGAUCCCGCGGACUUCAAAGUCUUGUGGAAUGCACGGGACGCACAUCUCGACGUAAUGCUCCUUGGACAACACAUCGAGCGGUCCAAAAUCUCGCUCAACGCCGAGUUUAGUGCGGUGGCCAGUGUUGAGUUGGGGGGUGAGAUGGUCUUCACUGACCAGCCGUGGCUCGAAUACCGCAAGUAUCUUGCAGCGAACGAAGGUAAGUCGAUCGUAUCUAUGUAACUUCUAGAGAUACUGAUAUUGUGUAGUUACAUUGUCCGACUCCAUGUCGGCCUUCGCGGAAUGGCUCGAUUCUUACUUCGUCCAUCAGCAUCAGGAUCCAGUCCAUUGCUGGCAUUUAUUGUGUGAAUUCAAAGAGUGUGACUGUGCGGAGAAGGCAGUGUAA